GGAAUGUUGGUUCAUCGAUAAUCUUCCAGACUCCACAUUCUUACGGGGCCGCGAUAUACUAGUAACUGACGUUUGCCAGGCAGUCGGAUUCGAUCAUCAGGAGACAUCACGCUGUAGGUGUAGAUACAGCAUCUCCCCUCCUCACCUACCAUGCCGGGCCAAAAACCAGUUGUUCUCUUCCUCACCAACAGUGAAUUUGGGCAGUCAUCGGUGGUUCUAGCUGUUGCGCAGGAGCUAGUCCGUCAGUCUGCCUGUGAGGUGCAUGUUGCCUCGUUCUCAGCUCUCAAACAACAGGUCGAAGCUCUUAAUGUCGCCUUCCAUGCCCUCCCCGGACGGUCAAUGAAGGAAGCGCUCUGCGACAGCGGCCUUCCCUUCCUCCCUAAGCACGCGCCCGGCACUCGUGGUGCCGUUGAAUCCUAUCGCAAGGGCCUGCAGCAUGUGGUUGCCCCGUGGGAACCGGCUGGCUACGAGCCCAUCUACCGGGCCUGCCUGGACCUCCUUGAUAAGCUCAACCCAGACUUGGUUGCUGUGGAUCCCCUGUUUGGUCCUGGCCAAGACGCCUGCAAUGUCCGACAGUGUCGGUAUUUGGUCCUGAGCCCAGCCUCGUUCAAAGACCAUCUGGUCCAAGUCCAACCCCAUCUCAGGGUUCUAUGGAAGUACCCAGUAAUAUCCUCAGGGCUGCCCUACCCUCUGCCCCUAUUCCUCAUCAUCAUCAACUUCUACCUGAUAUUCAAGCUGGUCUUGCAUACUUUUCUCUCCAAGAGGGUCCAAACAUUGACCAAGUGGCGCAACCACAUCGGCAUCCCAGGCGAUCUAACCACAAUAUACGCCAAUUUCAAUGAAAGAGUCCCUUGGCUGCUGCCGUCAAUCCCACAAAGCGACUUCCCCCUCAAGAUUCCCACCAACGUCACUGGCUGUGGACCCAUAAUUCCGCCAUUCGAAUCAGUGGCCCACAAUCCCACCGCAUCCUGGCUGGCCCAGCGUCCAACGAUCCUCUUUAACCUAGGCUCGCACAUGAAAUACAAACUGACUGACGCGCAGCAGGUUGUGACUGCCCUCUCAAUGGUGCUACACACAUACCCCGAUGUGCAGAUUCUGUGGAAAUGUGAACUAUCACAUGAUGACCCCAGCAGCAAGGAACCAGGAUCUUCUGAUUCUUCGGCCAUCCAGGACUUGAUUCCGGCGGAACUGACCGAUCGCAUUCGGGUCACGUCAUGGAUCACGCCGUCUCCCAUGUCUAUCCUCGCUCAUGACAGCACUAUCAUGUAUGUCCACCAUGGAGGAUCGAACUCGUUCCAUGAGGCGCUAGCUGCCGGCGUCGCGCAAGUGGUGUGUCCGGUGUGGCUGGAUACGUACGAUGUCGCUGCCCGGGUCGAGUUCCUUCGUGUUGGCUUGAGGGGGAAUGGCAAGGCGGCGCCGCAUCUCGAGGGCUCUGAGUUAGGCGCAGCCAUCUGUCGGACGGCGCAUAGACUCAGAAGCGGAGAUAUGGGUACUCGGACCCGAGAGUUGCAGGCCCACAUUCUGGCGCAGGAGGAGGGCGUUAGUGGGACGGGCCCGGUGGACGUGUAUGGUGUUGGGCGUCGCAAAGCCGCCAAGGUCAUAUUGGACAUGAUCACGGCGUGACAUAUUAGUAUACUUCCUUAUUUUUGGUAGCAGCACUGACGUGUGAAGUGUCAUCCGGGAGCGGUGGUUGAC